AUGGCAUCGAAAGUAUCAAAAGCGAUGACCGAAAAACUUCCAGAGAAAGCUCUCAGACCAAUUAUAAUACAACCACCUCCACCACCACCACUUGUAAUAAUACGACCACCACCACCUGUAAGUUUAUGCAGAGACAAUCACGUUGACUGUCCAAAGUACGUUAAUCAAUGCUUUGUUGGAGAUUAUGGUAAAGUAAUGCGAAUACAGUGUAGAAAAACAUGCCGAUAUUGUAUUUAA